UUAUUGGUUAAAGAAGUAUAUUAGGGCUAAUUUCCCUGCAUUCAUCCUACCUUUUCUAUCAAUCCCACAAGCCUUUGGCACAAUGAAGUGGGUAACCUUUAUUUCCCUUCUCUUUCUCUUCAGCUCUGCUUAUUCCAGGGGUGUGUUUCAUUGAGAAGCAGACAAAAGUGAGAUUAUUACUCGAUUUAAAGGACUGGGAGAGCAACAUUUCAAAGGCCUGGUACUGCUUACCUUUUCUCAGUAUCUCCAGAUGACUGCAUAUGAUGAUCUUGCAAAAUUCACAACUGAAGUGAUUGACUUGGCAAAAGCAUGUGUUGCUGAUGAUUCAGGGGCAGAUGGUAACAAACCACUUGAUACUAUCUUUGGAGAGAAAACAUGCACAAUUGCCACUCUUCGUGAUACCUAUGGUGAGAUGGCUGACUGCUGUAAUAAACAAGUUGAGAGAUACCAUUGCCUUGUAAAGUAUAAAGAUGAGAAGCUCAACCUCCCUCCACUUGAUCUAAAAAAAACUGAUGCUAUGUGUGUUACCUUUGAAGAGAGUAGCCAGAAGAUUUGGGGACAGUUUUUAUAUGAAAUUUUCAGAAGACAUCCUUACUUCAGUGGCUCAGAACUCAUUUACUUUGCUGAAAAGUUUAAAGACUAUCUGACAGAAUGUUGCCCAGCUGCUGAUAAAGGAGAAUGCCUGACCCCAAAGAUUGAGUGUAUGAGGAAGAUAAUACUGCUUUUUUCUGCCAAAUAUAAAUUCAGGUGUAGCAUUAUUGAGAAAUCCAGAGAAAGAGCUUUCAAAGCAUGGGAAGUAGCUCGUCUAAGCCAGAGAUUUCCCAAAGCUGACUUUACUGACAUAACCAAGAUGGCAGCAGAUCUUAACAAAAUCCACAUGGAAUCUUGCAAGGGUGAUCAGAUUGAAUGUGCACAUGACAGGGUAACCCUUUUCAAGUACAUUUGCGAUAAUCAAGAUAUAGUCUCCAAGAAAGUGGGAGAAUGUUGUGCUAAGCAGGAGUUGGAAAGAUCCCACUGCAUUGCUGAACUGGAAGAGGAUGACAAGCCUGCUGACUUACCCCCACUAACAGCUGAUUUUGCUGAGGAUAAGGAUGUUUGCAAAAACUAUGCUGAGGCAAAAGAUAUCUUCUUGGGCACGUUUGUGUAUGAAUAUUCAAGAAGGCACCCUUAGUAUGGUUCCCUCUUGUUGCUGAGAAUUGCCAAGGCAUAUGAAGCCAAACUGGAGAAGUACUGUACUGAAGCUCAUCCUCCUGCAUGUUAUGGCAAUGUGUUUAAGGAAUUUGAGCCUCUUGUGACUGAGCCAGUCAAGCAAAGCUGUGAUCUCUAUGAGCAGGUUGGAGAAUAUAAAUUCCAAAAUGCACUUUUAAUUCGUUACACUUAGAAAACACCCCAGGUGUCAACUCCAACGCUUGUGGAGGCUUCAAGAGACUUAAGAAGAGUGUCUGACAAAUACUGUAAGCUUUCUGAAAAACACAGAAUGCCCUGUAUUGAAGACUAUCUGUCUGCAGUCCUGAAUUCAUUGUGUGUAAUGCAUGAGAAGAAUCCAGUGAGUGAGAGUGUCACCAAAUGCUGUUCUGAGUCCUUUCUUAACAAGUGGAUAUGCUUUUCCGCUCUGCAAGUUGAUGACACAUGUUCUCCCAAAGAAUUUAAUGCUGAAACAUUCACCUUCCAUGCAGAUAUAUGCACACUUCUGGAGACUGAGCAACAAAUCAAGAAACAAAUAGCACUUGCUGAGCUGGUGAAACACAAGCCCACAGCAACAAUGGAUCAACUGAAAACCGUGAUGGGGGAUUUCGGAGCUUUUCUAGAAAAGUACUGCAAGGCUGACGACAAGGAGGCCUGCUUCUCCGAGGAGGGCCCAAAAUUGGUUGCUGCAAGUUAAGCUGCCUUAGCAUAAAAACAUCACAAGCAUCUCAGCCUGCCCAGAGAAGAAGAGAAAGAAACUAAGACUUUAUUCAUCUGUUUGUCUUUUCUGUUGGUGUAAAAAUCAACACUCUAAGAAACAUAACUUUCUUCAAACAUUUGUCCUCUUUGCUCUAUGUUAUAAUUAAUAAAAAAUAAAAAGAAUCUAAUAUUGUG